AAUUGAUGUGACGUCUAGCGAUAUCUCCGUCCCCUUGUUGUUUACUUUCAGAGGACUACUCUUGACCCAACUUUUGACAGGUCCUCUCUAAAACAGUCUCGAGAGAGAGGUCGAUCGUCUGUGUUUUGUGAGCAGUUCGCCCUUUUUGCCCCUUAAUACAUCCCUGUCUAACGGGCAGGCCGUUUCGAUGCAUUUCAGAGCCUUAAAUCCUCAAAGGAGAUGGACGCUGCCGAUUUGUUUACAAGCUGCAGGAAGGGCGACAUUUCUAGAGUGAGAUACCUGGUUGAUCAGAGAGAUGUGGAACUGAAUGUCAGAGACAAAUGGGACAGCACACCUCUGUAUUAUGCUUGUCUGUGUGGACACGAGGAGCUGGUGCAGUAUCUGUUGGCCAAUGGGGCGAAGUGUGAGGCCAACACGUUUGACGGAGAGCGAUGUCUGUAUGGAGCCCUGAGUGACCCCAUACGACGCCUGCUGAAGGAGUACAAGCGCAUCACGGCAAAGGGCAUGCAGAGGGACUACUAUGACCACUUCCUGCACACGUUGCUGGAGCAGGGCCCCUGCAGUGACGUGGUGUUCCUGGUCCACGGGGAGACGUUCCGCGCUCACCGCUGUGUGCUGGGCUCUCGGUCAGAGUACUUCACACACAUGUUCCAGACCAAGUGGAAGGGCAAGACCAUGAUCGCCCUCAAACACCCACUGAUAAACCCUGCUGCCUUUGCAGCCCUCUUGCAGUAUUUUUACACGGGUCGUUUGGACAUUGAUGUGAGCUAUGUGGAUGAUUUGAAACGGCUGGCUAAGCAGUGUAAGAUGGGAGAUCUUAUCGAGGAACUGGAGGCAAAGUGCAAGCAGGUGUAUGACUUUGUCUCCUCUAAGCCGGGUACCUGUGUGAAGGUUUUGACUCUGGAUCCUCAUGGCUGCCAGCUCCAGGAUGACAUGGCCCAGCUGGCUGACUGUUCUCUGCCUGCUGAACUCAGGGUUGGAUUUGGUGAGCUUCCAUUUGAUAAAACCGACAACUUCCCAAGUUAUCCAGAUAUAUGCUUCCAAGUUGAAGGCUAUCACUUCCUGUGUCACAAACCUUUUUUCUGCGGCCGCAGUGACUAUUUUAAGGCCUUACUGGAGGACCAUUUCAGCGAGGGGGAGACGCUGCCUUCGGCCCCUCACAUCCCUGUCAUCACUUUGCACAACAUCUCCCAUGAACUCUUCACCAAAAUACUGUACUAUAUCUACAGCGAUGACACAGAGCUGUCCCAGGAGAGCGUGUACGAGGUGCUGUGGGUGGCCGACAUGUACCUGCUGCCGGGCCUGAAGCGGCUGUGCGGCAAGAGCCUGGCGGCGCUGCUGAGCGAGGACAACGUCAUGCACGUGUGGCGCAGCGCGCGCCUCUUCAACCUCUCCCGCCUGGAGGACCAGUGCACCGAGUACAUGGCCAAGGUCAUCGAGAGGCUGGUGGAGCGUCCAGAGUUUGCUGAGCUAAUCCACGAGGACGCGGGGGCUGUGGAGGCUCGCCAGGAGACCGACUCCAUCCCCCUGGUGGACGAGAUCCGCUUCCACAUCAGCAGCAACGUCCAGACGUACAGCGCCAUCGAGGAGGCCCAGCAGAAACUCACCGCCCUGGAACUCCUGCUCGUUAACAUUGGCCUUGAGUGCUAAGAGAGAGAGGAAGAGAGAGAGGGAGGGAGAGAGAAAGAGAGAAAAAGAGGGCAAGAGGUGCAUAUGGAGAGAGAGGGGGAGAGAGAAAGAGUGAGAGAGGGAGGGUGAAGGAGAGGGCUAGAGGUGCAUAUGGAGAGAGAGAGAGAGGGAGGGAGAGAGGGGGAAGAGGGAGAGGGAGAGAGAAAGAGAGGGCUAGAGGUAUAUAUGGAGAGAGGUGUGGUGCAGAGUUGACACAGGUUUGACAGGGCUUGACUGAAGUGUUUUCUGGAGCAUUUUAGACAGACCGUGGCUCAUAGAGUCCACUGAUUAGGUAGGAGCAGGCAGGACAGGCAGGGAGGGAGGGGGUCUGUGUCUGCCCGCUCAGCCCAAGGCUAAUGAAUGAUUAACAGAAUGUGAACACACAUGCUUUAUGAACUCAAAAGCAACAAAAAACAACCUGAUUUCUGAAGAGCAUUCACUCUAUAUCCACUGAUAUUAUGCAGGAUAUUUGCAUAUCAAAGUCAUAUGAAAUAUACAAACAGAUGUGGAGCUUGUAAUAGGUGAGGGGGGGAUGAUUUCCCCUUAUGGACAAUGUUGGACAAUAAUACCAAGUAACCAUUGUUCAUUGUUUUACUUUAGUUUCUACUUAGGAAAGAUUUAUCCACGAACAUUAGAUUUUCUCUCGUUUUACAUAGAUUUUGUAAGUGCUGUAAAAUACCAGCCAUCUCCCUCACCAACUCCUCUUGUGACAUCUGUUUUAUUUUGAAUGUUACUAAAGAAUUUGGCAAGGAGGUUAUGACAGUGUUAAGUAGUAGGCAGCUCCUACCUGGAAAGCAAAACAUUGAUUUGUUGACCUUUUAAGAGAUGUAUAUGAUACUGAACCGUACGUCAAUAUUAUUUUACAGCAACAUUCCUCGCGUAUCCUCUCUCACACUCUUAACUCGACACACCUGCUUAGUUACGCUUCAGCUGAUCUCUGAGUGUUAGACGAUGGACUUAAUAAUGACAUACAGGGUUAGGUGAGUGAAUGGCAGGAGAAUAUCACAUCAUAGCUUUUUUUAUGAUGAGCUUCUGUAGAAUUACACUGAGUGCCACUCCAAGUCAGGCCGGAAUAGCAGAUAUUCAGAUCUUGCCACAAUGUGUUUGUGUGGUCUGUAGUCACAAUCUAACAGGGUGCAGUGCUGUGUAAGAUUGUCAGCUACAUAUUUAUAUAAGUACUUUAUUUUCCAAAGUAUAAAGCUUCCAUUAAGCUAGCUUGACUCUGAUUUAACACAAGAAAUAAAAAGAUGUAAAAUGGUUAAA